AUGUUUCUGUGUAGGAAUGUUUUUAUUGUAGCAAGGAAGGGUUCCUUGUGCGACGGCCUGGAGAAGCGCUAUGGCCUGGUCCACGUAUCACCCGGCCAGCUCCUCCGAGAGGAAGUGGAGAAGGAGAGCGAGCUGGGAAUUAAGGUGAAGGAAUAUAUGCUGGAGGGCAAGUUGGUCCCACACCAUUUGGUGAUGAGAAUUGUGAUAGAGCGGAUGAGCAAGCCAGACAUCAUUACGAGGGGUUGUCUCUUGGACAACUUCCCGCUGACGGCGGACCAGGCAACAGCUCUUGUAGGCAGCAUUCACAUAGACCAGCUCCUCUUGGUGGACGUGCCCGACUCCCAGCUAGUCCGCCGAUCCGUAGAGCGACGCAUCGAUCCACUGACAGGUCGGAUCUACCAUCUGACUUUUCGGCCGCCCCCCAGUGACCAACCGCAAGUGGCAAGCCGUCUUGUUCAGCGGUGUGAUGACCAGGAGGACUUGGUCAAGAAGCGCUUGGAGACCUACAAACGACACAUUGAGACAAUCCUCCCUUGUUUCAAGGACAGAAUAGUCUCCGUGGAUGGGACCAACUCUGCUGCAGAGGUACUGGCCGAGGCAUGCCAGGCCAUUGAUCAGCUGGAGUGGACUUCUCCAGAGCUCCCUUACUUUGGGAACGUAGCUUUUGCAGGCCCUUUCUCAAUCCAGCAGGCACGGCGCGCUGGCUUCUACUCGCCCGAGAAUCCCCCAGAGAUCGGCGACCGGGUCGUGUGCUUCCAACGUGGUCUUAAUUGGCAACGACGCGGCCAGGUUACGGACGUCUCAGAGUUCAUCAGCGACGGACAAUGCGGCCUCCGAAAGGGCCAUGAGGGGCUGCUUGUUACAGUGGCAGCAGACUCGGGCUCCUUCACCUCCUGGUCUGCUUUUUUGGCUCCUGUUAAUGACAAGGAAUAUUCGUCUCUUUGUACAACGCAUGGACUGCUUUCAUCAAACUUCUGCAGUUUGUACCCUUGCAGCAAGGGUGUCGGAGACGUAGAUUUCGUUGCAAAGGAGACUGCGAGGAGGAGCCUGGAAACUUGGUUGACCAAUCUGGAAGAUGCUGAUGGUGAGCCCUUUGAGAUUGACUCUGCCAAGUUGCAAUCGUUGCUCGAACUUUUUGACUCCCAUGAAGACGCAUCACUCUACCUCUAUACUACGCACCAGAAGUUGGGUCAGAGAGUCACGCUGAAUACCGGCCAGGACUACUCGCUCUACUAUCGUGCGCUCAACAAUACUCUGAACUGUGAUGCUCCAUCCAAUCUGGAGAAUGCCAUGCCGCUGAUUCAGCGCAUGGUGUAUUUGCUGCUGUACAAUGAGGAGGACGGCUCCAAGCGGCUCCAUGAUGGUGGUCGGGUGUGGAAAGGUGACACACAGAGGCCGGUUCCUUUGAACAUGCAGAAGCUCUCAGAGGCGCAGCGUUUGGACCGUUUUGUCCGCUUUCGCCAGUUCCAGAGCACCACAAAGGACAAGGGUCUGGCAGAGAAGUACCGUGCCCGGGAGGAUGGCAAGGGUUACCUGUGGAUCAUUGACAUCCCACAAGGUUUCUGGGGAGCGCGGGAUAUCCAAGGCAUAUCCUGGAAAGAGAACGAAAGUGAAACGCUCUUCCCACCCUACUCUGCCUUUCGGGUUCAGAGCUUGGACGAGAACAGCUGCAACCUUUUAGCCGUGGAUCGCCGUUCAGAGCUCUUCAGCCGGGCGGAAAGACAUGGCCUUCGUGGGUCAGCAGUGGAGCUGCUCGCCCACCGUAUUGGAGCCUCGAAUUCUGAAUCCUGUGCCAGGAGUGACAUACCUUUGGCAGCUGUUUUGCAGGGUGCAGGUCCGCAUCUCUGCCCUGGAGGUAACCAUCACCCUGUAGCUCCUCCGGGAGCUGGGGUCUACCAAAUGGCGGCUCAUGCUUCAAACUCCCUGUUCAUUGUUCGCAUGAAGGAGUUGUCAAUUCCAAGCGUCGUGGCCAUCACAGGGAACGCAAUAGGUGGAGGCGUGGCAGUGUCGUUGAACUGCACGGAGCGCGUCAUCGCCCAGAACGGAAGUGCUGCGUUUGGCAAUAUUAGCCGAGGUGCAUGUCCCAUCAUGUUCCUGUCCAAGCACCUCCCGCAACAUGUGGGCCUCACAGCUGCGAUGGACAUUUACUUGACUGACUCGACGGUCAGCGCAGUUGCUGCCCAGAAGGCUGGACUCGUAAGUCGCAUCGCUGUGGACAACAAGUCAACGAAAGCCACUGCUUUGGCAUUGGCUCGCAAGCUGGCCUCCUUCCCUGCUGCUCGCUUGUCGGUCACUGUGCAGCCUGCGCUGUCGUUCGAGCGCUAUGACGACGAGGCUUAUGGCAUCUACAUGUGUGGCCGGACGGGCCAGAUGCACUUCCCUG